UGUCUUUGUCUGUCCAAAGCCAUGGAAUUGGGACACUUGUUAAUCCAUGAGAACUAAAGUCUUCCAUGGAAUCAUGUUCCUUCCUGAAUCUCCAUAAAAUUCCUUGCCUUUCCCUUAGUAAAAGCAACUUUGUUUGCCCCUUUAUGGCCCUCCUCCAUAACUUCACUUAUAUAUGCAAAACAUCCUUGUAAUUCAUCAUCAAGACAGUGUCUUAGGAUUAGCCAAGACAUGGGUUUAUGCUCCCUUUGGUGGGUGUUGGUCCUUGCGGUGAUAUGUGGCGGCGGAGGCAGAGGCUCAGGUAACGUGGCACAUGGCUUGGCCUGCAACUGGGGGAGCCGGGCCUCCCACCCGGUCCCGCCUGACAUAGUGGUGAAGAUGCUCAAGGAGAACGGGUUCGACAAGGUGAAGUUCUUUGAGGCCGAGGCCGGACCGCUCAAGGCUCUCGGGAAGUCCGACAUUGAGGUCAUGGUAGGGAUUCCCAACGACAUGCUUGCCGGCCUUGCGAGUGGCGUCCAGGCCGCAGUGAACUGGGUCUCGGCAAACGUGUCCUCUUAUAUAUCGAAAUACGGGACAAAUAUAAGGUAUGUGGCAGUGGGCAACGAACCAUUUCUGAAGACAUAUAAGGACAUGUUCGUCUCGACGGUAUUCCCGGCGCUCCAGAACAUCCAGGCAGCCCUGAUAAAAGCUGGGCUUGCCCAAAAGGUGAAGGUCACGAUCCCGAUCAAUGCAGACGUCUAUCAGACAGACAGCGGGCUGCCCUCUGGCGGCAACUUCCGGACCGAUAUACAUAACCUGAUGAUCUCCAUCAUCAAGUUCCUAAAUGACAAUGGAGGCCCCCUCACCAUCAACAUCUACCCGUUCCUCAGCCUUCAAGCGGACCCCAAUUUCCCUUUCGAAUAUGCCUUCUUCAACAACUCUGCUCAGCCAGUAGUCGACGGCUCGAUCACUUACACGAACGUGCUGGACGCCAACUUUGAUACCCUGGUUUCGGCUCUGGAAAAAAAUGGUUUCGGGUCAAUGCCAGUCAUAGUAGGUGAAGUAGGGUGGCCCACGGAUGGCGACCCCAAUGCUAACAUUGCGAAUGCCCGCAGGUUUAACCAGGGCCUCGUAAACCGGAUAAUUUCCCGUCAGGGCACCCCAAAGCGGAAGACACCGCCCGACAUUUACAUAUUUGCGCUCCUCGACGAAGACCAGAAGAGCACCGAUCCAGGGAACUUCGAGAGGCAUUGGGGGCUUUUCUACUAUGAUGGAACUCUCAAGUACCCACUAGACAUGGGGAACGGGAAAUCUUUAGCACCCGCAAAAGGGGUCAAGUACUUGAAAAGGCAGUGGUGUGUAAUGUCCCCUCAAGCAAGCCUUUCGGACCCGAACCUUGCCGGGAGCAUCGAUUAUGCGUGCACUUAUGCCGACUGCACGAGUCUCGGGUAUGGCUCAUCCUGCGGUCGGCUUGAUGUUCGGAGCAAUGCUUCCUAUGCAUUCAACAUGUACUAUCAGGCGAUGGAUCAGAGACAGGGCUCGUGCUCCUUCAACAACAUGUCUGUCGUGACUGCCAUUGAUCCUUCCCAGAGCAGCUGCCGGUUCGAGAUCAUGAUCGAUAUAGGCAAGCACGAGACUGCUAAAAGCUCUUCAAGCAAAGGAACGAAGCUUAACUUAGGCAUGGCUUUUAUUGUUCUUCUAGCAUUGAUGAUCUCGGGUUAAUACGUACCAGGUUGCAUAGUGAAGCAACCAAGUCAUUAGAUCAGGUGGCUCCUACACGAUAUCUCGACAACAUCCCGACAAUUAGUUUUUCCAUUGGAAAGAGCGAUUCUUGUACAGACUCGGUUUCGAGGUGUAAGAAACAUAUAUUGAGGUUCUUGUACAGAAAAUUACCUGGCAUAAUCAGAAAAUUACCAAUA